ACGUCGUUUCUUUCCCCUAAUUUUGGGAAGCUGAAAUAUCUGAAAUUUUGACCUUUCCAUUCUGUGCACAGAAAUCGCUGGGUUACGGCGACGGGCUGAAGGAAGAAGCUCAUGGCGGGAGAAGAGGUUGCUGGUCCGGCAGGCCCUAAGGUUCUCCGUCUCCUCUAUUUCGCCGGCGCCGGAUUCAUUUUCACCAUCGCGAUAAACAAGUGGCGGGAGAUCGAGCGUAAUUCUCUGUUGGAACAACAGCAGAAGCAGCGGUUGAAUCAUCAAUUGUCGGAAUCUCGUAAUGAUUCGGUGCAGAAAGUCGUCGAGUGAUCUUAGGGGUGCUGCUCAAGGAUCUUAAGAUGCUUUCAGCUCAUCAGUUAAGUCCCUCACUUUCCACAAGAUUUAUCGUCAUUGUUAAAACUUAAAAGUACAUGUAGGAUUUAUCUAUGUUUUUUAGCUGUGCUGCUGGGUAGAUUUGAGCCAACACCAAGGAAAUGAUGUCUCUGUUAAUAGUACUGUGUUUUCCUUCGUCCCUAAUCCAGCCAUCUCUUCUGUCUCUAAUCUCUUUUAUAUGUACAAGUUCAUCAUGCUCUAAAGGAAACAUCAUUUUCAACUUGUACUACCAAAAGCGUUUCUAGUAUUAAUUUCUCCUUUGCUACC